UGCGAUUAAUUUUGCAGCCAAAAGCAAGAUACAUAUUAUGAGAAAAGUAGCUUACUGUUUCAUACAUCUCUCAAUAGACUUUGAAUGUGCGCUUUUUCAAAGUACUUGCAAGACUUCAAUUUCAGUUUCACUUUGGCAACCGAAUCAGGAAACAAAAAGCAGCACAUAGCCCACGAUCACACGAACCUGUGAAGUUUAAGAUCAUGUAAACACUCGAAGGUGUAAUGAUAUGUGAUAAUGGAAAACCGAAGUGAUGAAAAUGCAGUAAACCACUCGACCACUCUGACAAAUAAACAACGGGGGAAUGAGGUCACAGUUCGACCCGCCACUUUAGACAAUCUAUCAAUUCAUCAGCUGGCAGCCCAUGGUGAGAUUUCACAACUGGAGUUACAUUUAUCCAAAGACAGUUCUCUACUUAACAGUCAAGAUGAGCGAGGUUUCACACCAUUAAUGUGGGCAGCUGCUUUUGGAGAGAUAAUGAUGGUGGAGUUCCUCCUUCAGAAGGGAGCCGAUCCAAAAACACUCGCUAGAGAACGAGAAAGUGCCUUGUCUUUGGCCAGCGCAGGAGGAUUUGCCGAUAUUGUUGAUAUUCUCCUUCAACAUGGUGUCGAUGUUGAUUCCUAUGACUGGAAUGGUGGGACCCCUCUUUUGUACGCAGUUCGCGGGAAUCACACAAAAUGUGUUGAAGCUCUCUUAAGAUGUGGGGCAGAUAUCACGUUUGAGGCAGACUCUGGCUACAGUCCUGUUGCUCUCGCUGUUGCACUGGGCCACAAAAAAGUGCAAAAACUGCUUGAAGAUCAUAUUUUGAAGCUCUUCCGGGAACCAGUUUCAGAAAAAAUGUCUGGAAACACAUGAAGCUGAGGACUGCUCUUACAAUACCUUACAAUUAUCCUGCAUAUUUUAUAGCUUUAUUUUGACAUAGGAGAUGUAAAAGAAAAAUCGGUUUUGUAUUAUUAUUAUACUUUUUUUAAUUAAAAAACCUUUUUACCAA